ACAGUGUGAGGAAGUUUAGACACAAAAUCAGACAAAAUGUGGCCAUUUAGCAGAAAAGGAGCUUCUGGUUUUUCAUCAUCUUCUACUGCUGAGGAAGUUACUGAGGGAGUUGAUGGUACUGGUCUCACUGCUAUUGUUACAGGAGCAUCCAGUGGUAUUGGUGCUGAGACUGCUCGUGUUCUUGCCUUACGUGGUGUUCAUGUUGUUAUGGGAGUGAUAGAAAUGAUUGAUGCCAAAAAUGUUAAGAAAGCAAUACUUAAUGAGAUUCCUACAGCUAAAAUUGAUAUCAUGGAGUUAGAUCUUAGUUCAAUGACAUCGAUUCGAAAUUUCGUGUCCAAAUUUACUUCAUAUGGUAUUUCAUUGAAUAUUUUGAUAAAUAAUGCAGGGAUUUGUGCAACCCCUUUCACACUAUCCAAGGAUCGCAUUGAACUUCAAUUUGCUAUAAAUUAUAUAGGGCAUUUUCUUUUAACAAACAUGUUGUUGGAUAAUAUGAAGAGAACAACACAAGAAAGUAAGAUACAAGGAAGAAUUGUUAAUGUUUCAUCAGUUGGUCAUCGUUUAACAUAUCGUGAAGGAAUCCUAUUUGACAAAAUUAAUGAUCAAUCAAGUUAUAACAGCUGGCGUGCAUAUGGGCAAUCAAAGUUGGCCAACAUUUUACAUGCCAAUGAACUAGCAAGACGUCUCAAGGAAGAAGAAAUAAAUAUUACCGUUAAUUCUCUUCAUCCAGGAUCCACUAUCACUAAUAUUUACAUGGGCAAUCGUUUGUUGAAAGGGAUAUUCAAUUUGCUAGGGCCAUUUGUAGUUGAUAAGCUUGCGGGAUUCUUGGUGAAAAAUGUCCAGCAAGGAGCAGCAACAACAUGCUAUGUAGCAUUACACCCACAAGUGAGUGGAAUUAGCGGAAAGUAUUUUGCAGAUAAUAAUCUUGCUGAGCCAUACUCACAUGGAAAGAACAUGGAUUUGGCCAAGAAGUUAUGGGAUUUUAGUAUGAGUUUGAUCGAGUAAAUACAGUGUUAAUUGUCAAAAAGAUGAAAUAGCUUUUCAGUGAUGAAAAUACCAAUUAUAUAAUAACUAUUAUUCCCCCUAUAAUAAAUAUUUCAUAUA